AAAAAAUCGUGAACUUAUCAUAAUUGACAGCAGAGGCCCCUAUAAAUACCGAACCAAUUCUUUCGGAGAAUCUCCUCAAACGAUCUCCACCGUCGAUCGUAGCAUCACUGACCUCCCAUUAUCAUUCCGCCGACAAUUCAGGUGUGACGAGAGAAAUCAUGGUAGCAAGCAUUGAAGCGGAGGCAAACGGGGUGGCGAAGGACAUCGAUCCGACGGCUGUGGUGGCCUCCGAGCCUCUGCCGCCUCUUGUGGCUGAGAAUGGGAAGUUAUUAGGAGGUGCAGGACAUGAGCAGAAGGAAGAAAAGGAGAUCAUUUUAGGGAAGAACGUGCACACCAUGUGCCUGGAGGUUACGGAGCCAGAGUCCGAUGAUGAUUUCACUGGAGAUAAAGAGGCUUACCUAGCUAGCGUCCUAGCUAGGUACAGGAAGAAUCUUAUGGAACGGACUAAGCACCAUUUAGGUUAUCCUUAUAACUUGGACUUCGAUUAUGGUGCUCUGGGACAACUGCAGCACUUCUCCAUCAAUAAUCUUGGAGACCCCUUUAUUGAGAGUAAUUAUGGUGUCCAUUCUAGACAAUUUGAGGUUGGCGUGUUAGAUUGGUUUGCCCGUCUAUGGGAACUUGAGAAAGAUGAGUACUGGGGUUACAUGACAAAUUGCGGUACUGAGGGGAAUCUUCACGGGAUUUUAGUUGGGAGGGAAGUGUUUCCUGAUGGAAUUCUUUAUGGUUCACGAGAUUCACAUUAUUCUGUCUUUAAAGCAGCACGCAUGUAUAGAAUGGAAUGUGUGAAGGUUGACACUCUUCUCUCUGGGGAGAUUGAUUGUGCCGACCUCAGGAUUAAACUUCUUGCUAACAAGGACAAACCAGCCAUCCUCAAUGUUAACAUAGGCACUACAGUGAAAGGGGCUGUUGAUGACCUUGAUCUUGUUAUACAAACCCUUGAAUACUGUGGAUUUAAUCAUGAUCGGUUCUACAUUCAUUGUGACGGCGCUCUGUUUGGACUUAUGAUGCCUUUUGUGAAAUGUGCACCAAAGGUUACAUUUAAGAAGCCAAUUGGAAGUGUCAGUGUUUCUGGCCACAAGUUCGUGGGAUGUCCGAUGCCUUGUGGUGUUCAGAUAACAAGAAUGGAGCACAUUAAUGUCCUAUCAAGGAAUGUCGAGUACCUAGCUUCAAGGGAUGCCACUAUCAUGGGAAGCCGAAAUGGUCAUGCUCCUGUCUUCCUCUGGUACACCCUCAACAGGAAGGGUUACAAAGGGUUUCAGAAAGAAGUUCAGAAGUGUCUUAGAAAUGCUCACUACUUGAAGGACUGCCUACGUAGUGCUGGGAUUAGUGCAAUGUUGAAUGAGCUCAGUAGCACGGUCGUGUUUGAAAGGCCCGCAGAUGAGGAGUUUGUUCGUAGGUGGCAGCUAGCUUGCCAAGGAAACAUGGCUCAUGUCAUUGUGAUGCCCAAUGUUACCAUUGAGAAGCUGGAUGAUUUUUUGAACGAGCUGAUUGAAAAUCGCCUCACUUGGUAUGAGGAUGGGAAAGCACAGCCUCCCUGUCUCGCAGAAGAUGUAGGAAGUGAGAAUUGUGUAUGCCCGUUGCACAAGUCAUAAAUUUCAUCGGUGAAUCUUUUCAGUCUGUUGUCUUAAUUGUAUCAGAAUAAAGUUCGGUAGAAUCUAGAUUUGUUUACGAGGAUUUUCUUGUUUCUGCAUCAUUCUGCACACAAAAACACGCAGGCAUGUGUACGCUCGCUUAUACAUUCUUGUUCAAUAAAAGUUUCAGCAUUUUUUGAAUA